AUGGCGUUCUUCGGUGUGCCCAAAACAAUUCGAUCCAUGCAUCCCGACACGCUUAAGCCGUUUUCCAUCCUCACACCAUUGGUAUCUUGUUCUCCACUGGGCACCACCCCAUUGGAAUUCUGUUGCAAAUUCAACAGCACGUCCUGCUGCAAUGGUACUACGUUUAAACUGGGGGACACCGGAGCUGCUUUCCAACCUGGCCAAGAUUCUAAGAUUCAGUCGUUCACAUCCGCCGCAUUGGCUGCUGCAAUAAGUGGAAGCGCAGUCCCCGGCAGCGCGAUCGAUUCAAACUCUUCGAAUCCGGACUUCUCGAAUAGAGACCUAGCGACGAAAAUUGGAGUCGGCAUCGGCGUACCACUCGCCGUAUUUGGAAGUGGCAUUUUGGUAUUCUUAGUCUGGAGAGAAAAGCGGAAAAACAACGUCAAUGCAGAGAAGCCGAUACAGAUUAUCGAUCCGGGGAUCUUUAAUAAAGAUCCGCCAGCUUCAAAUUACGCAUUAUCCCCUCCACAGAGACCUACCCCCCCGUGGAGGCCGGCCUCGGUGUAUGAAGCCCCAACAGAAAUGCGUACUCAUGAAUUGCCCGAUACUUCUCGAUAA